AUGGGCUGUUUGCUUUCUUGCUUAGCCUGCUGCUUUUGUGAUGCAGCAACGAGCAUUUGCUGCAAAUGUCUGCCGUCCUGCAAGAAGUCCAUCUUAACGCGACUAUACUAUGGAGUGAUUCUGCUUGUUGUAAUAGUAUUCUCCUGUGUUUGUCUGAGUCCAAAUGUGGAAAAGUUGCUGAGGAAGAUACCGUCGUUGUGUCCGGGUGAGCCGAAUGAUUUGUGCAGUCUGAUAACGGGUUACGGCGCGGUGUAUCGAAUGUGUUUUGCUCUUGCUCUAUUCUUCUUUGCUUUUUCUCUUUGCAUGAUCAAUGUCAAGUCUUCCCACGACUUUCGGGCAUCAAUUCACAAUGGAUUUUGGUUUUUCAAGAUACUCGCUAUUAUAGGCAUUAUGGUUGGUGCAUUCUUUAUACGUGAUCCGAUGUUUCUCUACGUGUGGAUGAUCUUUGGUAUAAUUGGUGCCUCUCUCCUUAUUCUUCUUCAACUCACGCUUUUGGUUGAUUUCGCGCACUCCUGGAACGAGAAGUGGGUGGAUGCUUACGAUGAAACCCAUAACAGGUGCUAUUCUUGCGGUCUCAUAUCCUCUACCGUCUUCUUUUAUGCUCUCAGCGCCACUGCAGUCAUUGUGUUCUACAUUUUCUUCGGUUCUCACCCGUCUUGUCACUUGGGUAAAAUGCUGAUCAGCAUUAAUUUGAUCCUCUGCGUCGUCAUGAGCGUGAUUUCCGUCCUUCCUGUUGUGCGAGAUAAGCUUCCCCUCUCCGGCUUACUUCAGGUGGGUUCGUUUAGCUAG